GAUUUCGGGCCGAAAAUUUUAUGGUAGUCUCCCCUCUCCAGCUCCAACGUAUCCUGAAAGUUUCAUGCAAUUUGGAUGUUCAUGGGCUGAGAUAGAUUUUUGAGGGGGGGGGAGCCUUAAUAAAAAUAUUUAUUACAUAAUAACGAAGAGUUCUCAUUCAUAGAACACUAGACAGAGGAUACUUCGAAGUUACAACUCGAAAAAAGUUUGAUUUUAACAUUCAGAAAAUGGGAAAGAGUGUCCUUAAAUAAAAUACUCAUUUCAAUAAAUCAAAAAAUUCUUGUUUACUUUUAGAUAUAAAUAAAGAUAAACAACAAUUAACAUUAAACAUUGAUUCUAAAUAUGAUUCAUUAUCUCAAUCAAAUGAAACAAAUUUAUCAAGUUCUUCACCUUUAGCUCAACCAAUAACAAAAGAAGAAAAUUCCAGAUUUAUUCCUCCAAAUGAAAAAUCAAGUAAAAACAUUCUUCAACAAUCUGAUGAAUAUUCAAUGAUCAAUAAAAUUGAUCUAAAUAAAUUUGAUAAUCGAUUACAAUCUAAUAUUGAAUCAUUUAAUCGUCAAAAAACAAAAAAUCCAAAUGAUGAUAAAUCGAAUGAAUCAACAACAUCAUUAACACAAUCAAAUUUUACUAAUCAUAGUAAAACAAAAUCUCUUAUGCCAAAUGUUCCUCAAUGUAAAGGGAGUACAUCGUCUGAUGAUGACGAUUAUGCAUUGUAUACUGUUAAUACAAAUAAUUCAAUAAUUCAACAAACAACAUCAAAACAUAAAGAUACAAUAAAACGUAAUUCUAAUUUGAAUAUAAAUGCAUUGAUAUAUCGAAAAAAACGAAUUUCAUUCACACAUAAAUCUCAAACAAAACAUUUUCGUCACAAAGAUAAAAUAUAG